AUGUAUCCUUCUAUGAAAAAUGACUUAAUCAUUAGAGCUGCAAGAGGGGAAACAGUGGAACGACCACCUGUUUGGAUUAUGAGACAAGCUGGAAGAUAUUUGCCGGAAUAUCAUAAAGUCAGGUCGAAGCAAAGUUUUUUUGAAAUGUGUCAAACUCCAGAAACGUCUUGCGAAUUGACGCUUCAACCCAUUAACCGGUUUGAUGGUUUACUCGAUGCUGCCAUCAUUUUUAGCGAUAUCUUAGUAAUUCCUCAGGCUCUUGGCAUGCAGGUUGUUAUGCUUGAACAAAAAGGUCCUCACUUUCCGGAGCCAUUGGCAACACCAGAGGAUCUUGAAAAGUUGGAAAAAGUCCCCAACAUACCGGCUAAAUUGGGAUAUGUAAUGGACGCAAUUUCGUUAACAAGAGAAAAUUUAGAUGGAAGGGUUCCUCUCUUGGGAUUUUCAGGAGCUCCCUGGACCAUUAUGGCUUACAUGAUUGAAGGAGGUGGUUCAAAAACGUUUACAAAAGCAAAGUCUUGGCUAUUCCGUUACCCAGAGGCUUCUCGUCGUCUUUUAAAUAUGGUUACUGAGGCUACUAUUGUCUAUCUUACGCAGCAGGUUUACGCAGGUGCUCAGAUGCUUCAAAUUUUCGAUUCUUGGGCUGGAGAGCUUUCACCCCAGGAUUUCUUGGAAUUUUCGUACCCUUAUUUGGUCAGAAUAUGCGAAGGAGUUAAAAAGGAACUGAAUAAAAGCAAACGAACUGUGCCCAUGAUUGUUUAUCCCAAAGGAGCUUGGUAUGCUCUUGACAAGCUUUGUGAUUCCGGUUACGAUGUCAUUGGUCUUGAUUGGACUAUGGAUCCGAAGGAGGCUGUCCGCAUUCGUGGAGAUCGUCGCGUCACUUUCCAAGGUAAUUUGGAUCCCAAUAUUCUAUACGGAGGUAGAGAAAUUAUAGAAAGCCGUACCAAAGAAAUGAUCGAGGGUUUUAAGGGCGGCAAACAAGGCUAUAUUAUUAAUUUGGGACAUGGUAUAACACCCGGUGUCAACCCAGACGAUGUUCGUUUCUUUUUAGAACAAUGCCAUAAGUACGGCUCUCAAACUUGA